GUCGCCGCUCCGCCCGCCGGUGUGGAGGAACCGGGCUUCCGGUGGGUGGCGGGCACCGAAGCCUUGCGGGGCAUCCCGAGGGAGGCUCCGGCCGGCCUCUCUGAUGAAACGGGCGCCUUGGGUACCAGGCUUCGGUGUAGACCGAAUUGGGGUCCGCUGGCCCAGGAAGACCUCGGCGGGGCCUGGUGAACCCCAUCCUUCCCGGUUUUGUCCAGCCGUGGCGAAGGGGCGUGAGCCCCAUGAGCUGUGUUUCUCAAAAGUGGAGUCGGCGCCCGUCCCCACUUCUCAGACUUUGUGAAUCAGACCCUGAUGUGGCCGGGAGUCUGCCUUUUCAGCAGACAUCCUCGACGGUUUGGUGCAGAUGAUCGUGCGGGAACCCUGCCUUCGCACAACUGAGGCCUCAGUGGGUGCAUCGUGGAGUGCCAUCACAGGGCCUGGUCUUGGGUUGCGGUCCCCAAAUGGCAGCUGAUAGUCAGUGAAGGGCCUAAAUCAGGAGCCCUAGAGGUGGAAGUUGUGUUAAAGGGAUGGUCUAUGGGAGCAUCCAUGAGAACCCGAAGCUGGCCCUUCUGGUUCACCUGGCUGCCCUGGAUUGUGACGGGCUCCAUUGCUUAUUAUCAGGCAAGUCUGUGUAGACACCGGCACACAUCAGUGAAGUUUUUGCCCCUUAGUGUUCUGUGACAGUAAAAUUUGUCUGAUAAAAUUUUUCUAUGAAUUAGGUAAUGUUUCUUCACAGUGUCAGAUACACAAUAAGCAUUCAGUAAAUGGAGAUUACCAAGAAUGACAGUGCCUUUGCUUUUAUUGGGCUUAUGGACAAAAUAAAAAUUAAAAAAAAAAAGAAAAAAAUAGAUAUUAAACACAUGGUGUAAGGUCUGUAUGAGAGUUUGUUGUGCAGGGAUACCAAUUCCGCACAGAAAGAUCUUGCAAGAGAUGAAGCUUUAUGUACGAACAUGAGAGAAUUCUAGAGAGCAGGUUACUGUGAACGGUGUGAACCAGUUGGUUGCUCUGCCUCACGAUUGAUUAGAAUGCUACUUCCAGGACUUUAAGGCAGCAGGAGGUCACACCCAUAAGUGAUUUUGGAGGCCUGGACCUUGUUGGGUUCCUAAUGAAUUCUGUCUAUUGUCCUUUUCUCAGAUUCAUAAUGGCAUAUGGUGAAGUUGGUGUCUGUAGGGAAGGAUUUUAGUUGAUCAAUUAGUAACACUGAGUUGGCAUGGAUACAGUUGAGUUUAGCAGCCAUUUUAAGACUUACUAUGAAAGUGUAGAAGCUGCAGAUUUUCAAGGGUGAGGAUCUUAAACUUAGUCUUUUAGCCCAUUUCAGAUUCCAUAGAGAGUUCUGGAGAAAUGUUUAAACCGUCCCCACAACCUUGUCCGUUUUAGAGCGAAGGAGCUGGAUGACAGACAGGGUGUCACCUAAGGAUCUAGAGCAGUCUGUAGAAAUAGAAUUCAGUUUUGGAUAUUUUAUUUGUUUUUUGUGUACAUGGGUGUUUUGCCUGCCUUGAUUCUGUGUGCUGUAGAUGGGCAGUGCCCCUAGAGACUGGAAGAGGGUAUCAGAUCACUGGAGUCAUAGACCAUCGUUGUAAGGCACGUGGUACUGAGAAUUGAGCCUCAGCCUUUUGCAGAAAUAGCCAUGUUUUCUUAACCACUUGGCCAUCUCUCUAGCCCUUGGCAUAAAUAGAAUUCUGAUCUCAGUUAAUGAUAUAUACUUAAUUAUAUAGCUAACUACAACUUAAUGAUUCCAGUUAUCCUUACUUUCUGCUCUUUGUUUCUUUAAUCUCCAAAGUUUUAUUUCAAGUUCCCCAGUGUAUACCUUAAGGGAAAUUUUGUAUGAUCAUACAUGGCCUGUCAUUUACUGUGCCACAUGAUUUGUGUGUGUUACCUUCAUUACUUCUCUGGAGCUCUUCGGAUCAUUGCUGCCUCCAUUUUAUGGAUAAGGAAACAAGAAAGUGAUUAUAAACGAUGUAUCCAAGAAGCCAAAGAUUAUAAGUGGUAAAACCUUUUGGCUCCUGUGUUACACACUGAUUUCUGCAGUCUAGAUGGUUCCUUCAGACUUGUUAAAAACACAGGUCUGGGACUGCUACUGUUUCAAAGUUUCUGAAUGCUUAAGGCAGAACUUGAGGCAUCGAAGGGAGCAAUGGCAGGCCAUGAAGCAGAAGAAGUGCUAGAUAUCCUUCGGCUGAACGUGGGUGGCUGCAUCUACACAGCCCGGCGAGAGUCUUUGUGCCGCUUUAAGGAUUCUAUGCUGGCAUCUAUGUUUAGUGGUCGUUUCCCUCUAAAAACAGAUGAAUCUGGGGCGUGCAUUAUUAACCGUGAUGGACAUCUAUUCAAAUACAUUUUGGACUACCUCCACGGGGAGGUUCACACCCCCUCGGAUGAGCAGACACGAGCUGCCCUGCAGGAGGAGGCUGACUACUUCGGCAUCCCUUACCCGUACAGCUUGUCUGACCACUUGGCCAAUGAGAUGGAGACAUAUUCUUUAAGGUCAAAUAUAGAACUUAAAAAGGCUUUAACAGACUUCUGUGAUUCCUAUGGCUUAGUUUGCAAUAAACCAACAGUUUGGGUUCUCCACUAUCUUAACACAUCUGGUGCAAGCUGUGAGAGUAGAAUUAUUGGUGUCUAUGCUACAAAAACUGACGGGACAGAUGCCAUUGAUAAGCAGCUGGGAGGAAGGAUUCAUAGUAAAAGCAUUUUCAAAAGAGAGGCGGGGAACAACGUUCAGUACAUUUGGAGCUAUUACUCAGUAGCCGAGUUGAAGAAAAUGAUGGAUGCCUUUGAUGCUUGGGAAGGAAAAGGGGUAAGCUACUGGCGUGUGCCUCAUGAGCUGAUAGAGUGUUGGACUUUGGAAGAACGGCCUUUACAUGGAAGCCUGCGUCAUAUGGCCCCAAUUCGAAAGAGGCGGCUGAUAGCCCUCGGGGAAGAGGAUGAAGGUGUGAACUGUAAGACUGGUCCUAAGCCAGUCAGAUUUUUGGGCCCUUCUACAAGUACCCAAAUUAAAGUCAAGAACUCUGCUUCAGUGAGGGUGUCACCUGCCAAUGCUGCCCAGAUCUCCUCUCAGGCUACUGCAAACCGCUCUCACAGAGGCAGCUGUGGAAAGGCAGCCCAGUGCUCUGUGGCCACAGGGGCGUCUGGACAAGCUCCUGCUUCCCCUGAUGCCCAGAGCUCUGAAAACCAAGCCACACACCCACCUCCAGCCAAGGUGCUCCUCUGUGAAAAGAAGUCUCCACCCCCUCGAGUGAUCAAGCUGAGGAGGACUCCACUGCGUGGGGGGCCUUCCCUGCCCACCCCCUCAGCAGGGGGCCAGGCCUGCUUCCCCCAGCUGCCCUCUCUAGAAGCUUCCAGCAGUUUGGGUGUGAAGACUGAGACCAGGAAAGACCAGCCUGAUGGGUAAAGUGGGCUUGGAACGGCCUGUUUGUCCCACAGCUUCCCGCAUGCUGAUGCUGACAGUGUUCUUGAGAGGGAAGAGCUAAACGUGGAUGUUGAGGAUUACGACAGGAAAAGUGAAUGCUCUGGAUGGGAGGAGAGGAGGGAGACUUUGUGGUUAGGGUUACUAUUUACUUUGCAUUUUCUUGAGGUUGUCUCUGUGCAGUUUGAUUUCUGGUUUUUAUUUUUAAGCUUUAUUUAAAUAGUUAACUGAUACCAAGGCAACCAAGCAGUAAGAAGUCUCCCCUUUUUACAGUAGUAUUAGAGUCUUCAGUGUUACUCCUACAGUCCAAAGGUAGGAGUGAGGUCUGGGCCUAGGUUUCUGUCAGAUGGAGAGGGUAUCUGUGCUGGCCACAGUGUGGCAGCCGGCAGAAGAGGUCUCAAGUGUGACCCCACCAGCUGCCCCUAGUUGCUUCUUUUCCAAAGACAACAUGAAAAGAAGUGAUGGGGGAAAGGGAAGGAAAACAGUGAAAGCUCAGAUGGCGAUCUCAUGUGAUUGGGCCAUUUUAUUUUCCAGGUUGGCUCUUUACUUUGUUCUGUUAGCAGCUGUGUCUUUUUUGUGCACCACAAGGGGGAAUGCAUGUGGUAGGAGCUGUAGGACGGUUUUUGGAACAGUUAAAAUAUGGGAGUUUACUUUGGUGACGUUUUGAAGUACUUUGAAAAGGAGAAGUUAAACAAGUUUAACUUUUUAACUUGUUAGUUGGUUUAGAAGUGACCAUUGAGUCCUUCUGAUUACACACUAUGCUUCAUGCAUACAAUUUCCAUAUAACUUGAAUUUAAUAUUUUUAAACAAAAUCUUUUGAUUAAUCUAUUUUUUCAUGACCAUUGAGUUAUGUGUGCUUUCUCUUACAUAUUAUGUUUGGUAAUUACACUGUGCAGUUCAACUUCCCAUGAGCCCUGUGCGUCCGUGUUUGUAGAAGCAGCUCAUAGAGCAGGGUUCCUUACUCAGAGGCUGGCCAGUGCACUGCAUUGCUUUGAGAAAGUGAGGCGGGCAUACUCAUGAUGCUUCUUUUUAAAUAAAACAUUCCCACAAAAA